UUGUAUCUAGUGAUGAGGAAUUGUAUAAUUUAUAUGUGGUAUUGUUCUGUAGCUAUAGGGGUAUGACUGGUAGCUUUGUAGAAAACUGUAAAAUGGAGCCAUGACAUGUACACUACAUUUGAUGGUAGCAAUGGAUCAUUUAGCCUCUUGAAUGCAAUUACUCCAGCACUUGUGUUAAAGGUGCAUUGCUGUCAAUGGUACUUACAGUGCAACUGUAAGUUUAGGAUACUCGCACCCAUUCAUGUGCCUUACGUGAACCUCAGAAGUGCAAAUCUUUUGGAAAACCCGUGGUUUCUCCUUUCUGCAUACCCUGAGACGGCUGCUGUCCUCCGGCGAACUGUAGAGGCACUGCUGGAAAAUGGAGCCGUGGUGAGGAACCUGGAAAACCUGGGAGAAAGGACACUGCCAUACAAAAUAUCCAAACACAAUCUGCGGCACACCAGAGGCGGGUACUACCUGGUGGAUUUUGAAGCAUCUCCGACCAUUCUCCCCACCAUGUUGGAUCACUUAUACCGUGAUAUUGACGUGAUCAGACCUACAAUACUCAAGAAGCAGCCCCCAAAGUCUGAGGAAAAUUGUCCAGGAUUGAUCCCACCCAACAACGAUGCUAAACUGCAUUCUAAAAGAAAAUGAUCUUGUACUGUUUAAUAGUUAAAUAUUUAAAAAUGUAUAUGGUCAAGCAUUGUGGUUGAAAGCUUUUGAAAGUAUACCUUAUUAAAUAUGAGAUUUCUAAUUUCA